AUGAUUAUCGGCGCGACUGAGGGCGAUGCUAGACCGCUGGCGGAGUUCUUGGCGGGCCUGGCCAGCCCGGCAGAACUACAGGGCCAAUUGCUCGACAUGCUUGGCGAAUCGCCGCUGGCUCUAGAUUUUGCCUUUGACCUUAUUGCCAAGCGAUUUCCGGCCGAGGACAAGGCGCCCCCGGGCGAACCCGAGCCAGCGCCGCUAGUUAAUUAUGCCCAGGCAACCGCUGGCACGAACACACCAGAGCCUGAUCUCCCACCAGCCGCUGGUAUGGAGCCUGAGCAAAAGUCUCGGCGACAGCUGAAGCGCGAGCGGCAGGAGCAGGAGCGCCAGCGCAAGGCUGAAGAGGAGCGAAAGCAGAAGCUAGCCAACCGCAAGCGCACCAAGUGCGAAUGCCAGGCAUCCGAACACGCCUUGUUUACCAACUGCCUGUCCUGUGGGCAUAUUAUCUGCGAGCUCGAGGGGCCUGGUCCGUGCAUGUUCUGCGGCAACGAUGUGGAGAGCCCUGACCAACAGCUCCAGCAGCACAUGAAGAUGCUGCUGCGGCGCGCACAGGGCGCAGACGAGGAUUCUGGCAAUUCGCCCAAGUCGGCGCCCAAGCUACCCUCGCGCGGCAUGCUGUACAGCAUGAAGGCUGGCGGUGGCAUAGGCACACAUGAGGCCGAAAUGCUGUGGGAUACAGAGACCAAGAAGCCUGCAGCAGCCAGCGCCAGCAUGGCUCAGACGCCAAUAGCUGGUGGUCAGACAUUGACAGAGGAGGAGUACCUGGCCGCAGCAUUCGAGGCUUUAGGAAUCAAUGCUAGCGCAGCCGACCCAGUAGCACAGCGGCAGGCCGAAUCCUGGGUCAAGGCGAUGAGACGGAAGGAGCGGCUCCUGGAGUAUGACAGAACAGCGGCGCAGCGGUCGCGGCUUAUAGAUCAGUCGUCAGACUUUGAUCCGUUUGCUGUUGGCCGGUGGAUGUCGCCACAGGAGAAAAUCGAAGCAGAGAAGCAGGCCCAGGCGAGGCUGGAGGCACAGCAGGAGCGCGAGUCGCGGUUGCGCCGCGGUAUGCGCGUUCUGCACCUCAACUUUGGCGACAACACUGUCACCCUGGCAAACGAAGACCAUGGAAUGGACCCGUUGGAUAAACCGCCUGUUCAGGCACCCGCACCUAGCGUUUCCAAGCCAAGGGAGGCCAAAACCGGUGGAUCGUUUGCUCACAACCCGCUGCUUCAAGGCGCAGCAGAACCCAGGUUUGUUCUGGCAUUUGCCGGUCAGGCUGCCAGCAAAAAGGGGAGGCGCGGUGUGAAGCCCCAGGCCAAGGUCCCCGAGCCGCUGUCUGCUGCCCAGCAGAUGGAGCGGCGGAAACAGAGCAUGCGAAUCCAGAACGACGUGACUGACGAGAUAUAUUGA